AUGACAAAUACUUACGUGUGUAUCAUUUAUCCUACAACACACCGUGGUAAUAUAAAUACAGCAAUUAAAUUAAAUUAUUUAACAUGGAUUACAGCAUUUAUAUUAGCUAGUCCACUUAUUUAUUUUUCACGUAUUACUCAAUUAAAUCAUUUACAAUGUACUGAAAAAGCUGAUAAUCCUACAAUACAAAAAUUUAAAGUAUUUUAUUCAUUAGCUGCAUUAAUUAUACAAUAUAUGACACCAUUAGUUAUUGUUAUUAUUGUAUAUUAUCGUAUUUGUUUAAGUAUACGUGAUCGGAAAUUAAGGGCAAUUCAAAAAAUAUGCUUAUCACAAAUUAUACGUAAACAAUUUCAUGAACAAUAUAAUAAAGAAGAAAAUAUAUUAUAUACAAAAGAGAAUGUAAUUCCUUAUACUAAAACACAUAUUCACCAACACCACCCCCACCUCCAUCCCCACCCCCACAAUAAUAAUAAUAAUAAUAAUGUUUAUUGUUUAAAUAAUAAUAAUAAUAUGAAUUGUUCAGAUACUAAUCAACAAAUUAAUAAAUCACCUAUAACAGCAAUAUCAAUAACAUCACAAAAAGAAGCAAUUGAUCGUAGACAUCGUAAAGCAAUUAUAUUAUCAACAGUAAUUGCUAUUAUAUUUUGUUUAAGUUGGUUACCAAUUAAUACAAUGAAUGUUAUAAGUGAUAUACGUGAAUUAAUUAUUAUAAGUAGUAUUGAUAUAGCAAUUAAAAAUUUGAAAAUUAAUGAAUACGAUCAUAGUAACAAUAAUAAUUAUAAUAAUAGUAAUAAUAGUAAUGGUAAUAAUAAUACAAUGGAUAGUGACAGAACUAUCACAUCCGAUUCAAUUAAUCAACAUUCCACAACAAAUUUAAAAGCAAUUAAUCAAAUAAUGAGUAUUGAAGCUAACAAUAUUAAUGCUAUUACAGUGAUUAUUACACAAGCAUUAUGUUUAUUAUUAAUAUUAAGUUCAGCUUGUUUAAAUCCUAUAUUAUAUGGUUGGUUAAAUAAAACAUUUCGUAUGGAAUUUUAUCAAGUACUACGUAUACAUUCAUCUAUAUUACAUAACAUGAAAUCAUCUAAUAAAAAUAAUUCAUUAGAUAUUAGUAUAAAUAAAAAUAAUAUAAAUAAUGAUAACGAUUUGAUUGAUAAAACAAUUGAAGAUAAAUUACACCACCACUAUCAUCAUCAUGAACAUCAGCACCAUCAUCAUCAUCAUCAUCAUCAUGAACAUCAACAUCAGCAACAACAACAACAGCCUUAUCAAUUUUCAAAUGAUCAUAUGAAUAAAGUAAGAAUUGAAUAUAAUAGAUCAUUGACACCUACACAAGAUUCAUGUACUUUAUUUUCAUUAUUUACAUCAAGAUCAAUUGAAUUGAAUUCAACGCAAAAUUCAAUUCAUAGUAGUAGUAUUAACAAUACUCCUAAAGAUUCCAUCACUAAUACUAAUUAUAGUAUGGAUAAUAAUAAUAAUAAUAAUAAUUUAUUGAUGAAAUAUAUUCAAUUAAAAAAUGGUCAAUUAUGCAAUGAAGAUAAAAUUUCAGAUAAGAUCAUUCAUGAACAAGAAUUCUAUCAGAAAUUACAUCUAGAUAAUAAUUUAAUUAAUAUUACUAAUACUAUGGAGAACUAUAGUAUAAAUAAUGAAUCAAGAAAAUAUUUUAUAUCGAAUGGUAAUGAUAAUAUUGUUAGUGUUAAUAACAAGAAUGACAAUCACAAUGAUGAUAAUGAUGAUGGUGAUGAGGAUGAUGAUGAAUGUGAUGUGAUUCCAGAGACAGAUAGCAAUAUUGAUUUAGCGAAUCUUAGAUAUUUACCAGAUAUAACGUCUGUUUAAUCGGAGAAUUUCCUCUCACUUUUUCCUUUCUUUUUUUAUUAUAUUUCAAUUGAUCUACUUUUGUGUGAUUUCAUUUUUAGUUCUGUUUUUCUUCUGUGUGUGUCAUAUUCUUCCAGUUGAUAUUUUGUUUUGGGUUAUUUUUGUUCUUUAUGUUAUAAUAAUAAGUGCGUUUUUAGAAGAAGAAGAAGAAGAAGAAGAAGAAGAAGAAGAAAUACAUUAUUUCAUUACAGAUUGCUUUAGUUGAUUUAUCUCAAGUGGUCAAGUUUGUUGUCAAGAUAAGUUAAUUACAAAUUGUACCCAGAAUAUCGUAAAACAAAAAUAAACAAAAGAAAUUAUGGAUAUGCAUUGAUUUAUAAUGCAACAAUUUAUGCUAAAACUAUAAGUAGAAUUUGUCAAAAGUGAAUAAUAAAUAUGAGAAGGGGUUUUGUGGAAAUUGUAGGAAUUUAAAUAGUUGAGAUCAUGAGUCGAUUGAAGCUAGAUAUCAUGGAAAAC